GUUUGACGACCUCAGUGUCUUCGAGAAGCCCAUCGCCUCAGCAUCGGUGGGCCAGGUCUACAAGGCCGAGCUCUACGGGAAGACGGUGGCGGUGAAAGUGCAGCGCCCGGAUGUGCGGGACCAGUCCACUCUGGAUCUCUACGUCAUCCGCACGGCCGGCUCGAUCGGUUCCCUGCUGCCCUGGCCCUUCCUGCCGCUCUGCUUCCCGACGCUGUCGGACUUUUCAGGCGUGGUACAGAUCGGUGCCCAGACUUAUCCUUUUCAGCGGUCCACUGCCAGGCAGUCCAAGCAGCUCGUCGAGCUCAUCGACCUUACUGCGCCCACUUUCAUUCAGGAGCUUGACUACGAGGUCGAGGCGGAAAACCAGCGCCGCUUUGCCAAGACAGUGGAGGACUGCGAGCUCAUCAAAGAUGCUGUGGCAGUGCCGGACAUCGUCUUUGCAAACCGUAGGAUUCUGCAGGAGUGGCUGGAUGGAAAGAAGUUGACGGAGCCUGGUGCAGCCCAGGAGCAGGCUGGCCGUGUGGUCAAGCUUUUGCUGAACAGCUAUAUGGUCCAGUUCUUGGAAACUGGGUACCUUCACGGAGACCCUCACCCGGGCAACUUCAUCCUCAUGGGGGAUGGCCGGCUGGGGAUCCUCGACUACGGCCUCAUGACCGAGAUCAGUGGAGAGAAACGCCUCGCUUUCAUCGAGUUCUUGAUGCACCUGCAGGCGAAGGAGUACAAGAGCUGUCUCAACGAUUUGAUCAAUCUGGAGUUCUUCCCGCCGGCCUUGGCGGCCGACAAAGAAGCCUUGGACAUCAUCGUGCCGACCUUGGCCAACACCCUCUCGACACUCUACGAAGAGGGGGGCGACCUCAAGAAGAAGCGGGAGCUGUGA